AAGGGCAUUUUAGUAACUAAAACUUAUAUAAAGCUACCAUAAUUAGGGUUUUUCUCUUUACAGACCGGACCAUCCUUCGCAUUUCGCUGCAGUGUUGCAUCCUCCUCCUUGCUCCAAGAGAUGGCCAAGUCAAAAAAUCACACUGCGCACAAUCAGUCCUACAAGGCCCAUAAGAAUGGGAUCAAGAAGCCUAAGAGGCACCGUCACACCUCCACAAAAGGGAUGGAUCCCAAGUUCUUGAGGAACCAGAGGUAUGCCAGGAAGCAUAACAAGAAGAGCGGUGAGACAGCUACUGAGGAAGAGUAAAGGAGCUGUUUGUUUUUAAACUGUUUCCAUGUUAGCGUUUAUCUAACGGUGUAGUAUUUUGUUGGGCUUUGCUUCAAUGGCUAUACUGUUAAAGCCAUUUUCUAUUUUGGGUUCAUUGUUACUGAUACCUGUUUAAGAUUGUUAAGUCUUAUGGGUCUAUUCUUGUUCUUGGUUUCUUUCUAAUGGAAUGUUCUGUCUUUUCUUUUGGAACUUAAAUUGCAACUGAUGCCUGAUCCUAUUGCUAAUGCCAAUUAUCAUUCGUUUCUUUCCA